GUUUGUGCUGUUUUACAGGUGAAAGAUAUUACUGUAACGAAUCUGAAGACCAGCAAAAAUCUUAAUGUUCAAGAUAAAGAAUUAAAAGGCAUACUUCUGAUUCAGGAAGCAGAAAUAACAAAUGCUGUUAAAAAACACCAAAAUCUACAACCACUUUUUCAACAAAUGUGGCAGCUUAAUCAUCAUUCUCAAAGCCCACAACUCACUCAAAAGAUAAUGGAUGACUUCAAAUGUAUAGGCAUGGAUAAGGCUUCAUGGGACUCACCGGAGAUUAUGAGAAAACUGAACAAUAGCAUGGAGCUCCAAACAAGUCUUCCUGUAACGCCCUUCUCAGAAGUUGAUAUUCUGCACAGCAUCGGCUUUGCAGAUCUGUACCCAGAAAACUCAGUCAUCCUGGGAGACAACCAUGGAUUGUUGGAAUGUCCUAUUUCCUAUUUUAAUGGCAAUGAGAAAACGGCAUCCAGUCUCUUCCAGUCUUUAGCAUUCUCAGGAUCUACCUUCUCAGUUCCUGAGUACAAUAGUGUGCCAGAAAGUAUUCCAGUGAGAGAUGCUGAAGGCUUCACUCUGAUGCCACCCGAGUUGCAAGAUGAUCUAAAAUCAACAAUGCCCAGACUUGAGAGUGCAAAUACUGAAUAUGGCAGCAAUACUAGUUCAGAUUUAAUAUUUCAGCUUAAUUGGAAAGAUCCGGAAACUACAAUACACCAAGAUGGCAAUGUCAUGGCUUAUCUGCAGUGCUUUGGAAUGGUUCCAGAUGUCACUGAACCAGCAAUGAAAGAAAGAGAACUCUUUUCACAACAGUUGAAGAAUGUGCUGAAGAUGCUGUAUGAAGAGAGUUUCAAAAUACUUGUGUUGUCAGAAAAAUCUCUACCACUUGGUGAUGAUGAAAAGAACGUUCAACAGGCACCAUCGAUGGAGGAAUGGCAAAGAGAGAGACUAACCUUGCUUGACACAGUACAGUCAUUGAAGGAUUACCUCAACAACGUAUCAGACAAAGAAGACAAGGAACAGCGGCAAAAGAUAGUUCUGGAGCAUCUUUUGUCUUCAGAUAGGAACAGCUUGCUUACUGAAAUCCAGGACCUUGAAUCUCAGUUACGACUUAUGCACCUUCAAAGCAAGGAGAAGCUGCAGCAACUCCAAGAAACGCUUACUAAUACAGAGAAUCUUGGAAGUAAACAAGAACAUCAGCUUCGAAGGCAGGUUGAAUUAUUAGAAUAUAAUCUCCAGCAGGAGAAAUUGAUUGCAAGUGACUUGCAGGCUUCUGUACAAAGAGAACAAGAGAAGGCCUCUGAGGUGAAUGAACUACUGAAAGAGAAACACACUGCAAUAUUGAACUUGAAAUCAGAACUCUGUGAAAGUAAGCAAACAAAUGAGAGGCUAGAAAAAUCGUUACAAGAACUUCAAAGGGAAGUAAUUAAGUACAGAUCUGCACUGGAAAAUAAGAAUGUAUUUCAAGAUUUGCAGAAUGAACAACUUAAAGAAAAAGAACUACAAAAUAUGUUGGAUGAACAGCAUCAUCAGCAUAAGAUAAGAGAGGAUGAGAAGUCAAAAGCAAUAGAGGAGUUGCAAGCUGCGUUGGAACUACAAUGCAUUCAAAACCAUCAGUUGUCUGUGGCUUUAGAGCAUGAACAGUCAACAAACAGUAAUCUCUGCAAAAAACUUCAAAUUGAGCAUUCUCGCUGUGAAGUUUUAUUAUCCCAAGAUCAGAAUAAAUUGUUGGAACUGCAGAAAAAUAUAGACGUUGAGAAGAAUCGCAGUUUAGAACUUUUAAGUGCUUUGAACCAUGAACGUGUUUUGACAGAACAGCUAAGUGUGAGAAUAAAUGAAUGUAGGUCUUGUAAGCAUAAAGAUUUGUUACAGGAACUGCAAGCUCAGUUGUUUAUAGAGAGAUCCUAUGCUAGGGAGCUUUUAGCCAUAAUUGAGAAGACACAGCAGCAGGCACUUGAUUCUAAAAAACAAAUGGACGAAAUGCAAAGACACUGUGAAGAACCACAAAAAAAGCAAAACUACACCAGUUUACAGGUUACACAGGCUACGCUGCAAAAUCAAAAGCAUGACAUUAUCCAUACCUUGGAUAUACAGAGGGAGGAAGAAGAACAACUGAAGAAGGAAUGGGAGCAAUUGCAGCCCAUCCCCAGGGCACACAGAGAUCAGGAGAACAGGGCAGAGCAAAGGAUAACAGAGAGACGGCAGCAGCGGCAACAAACAGAAUAUCACAAACUCAAGGAACUGCAGAAAACUCAAAGUCAGCAUGAGUUCAAAGUACGACACUGGAAGAACACUGGAAGAAUCCAACAAUUGCAAAAAAUGCUAGAAGACUUGAAGGAACAAGAAAAACUCAAUUAUAAAAAUCAACAGAAAGUUACUUCAUGUCCUUCAAAAAGUGAUUACUCCAACUUAACCUUCUCAGCUGAUCCUCUCAUGCUACAUGUGGAACAGCAGAAAUUAGAAAACAUCAGAGAACAGUUGCUCUUUGCUGCUGCCUAUCUUUCUGAAUUCAUAUAUAAAACUGUGGACAGAACCAUUAAGUGGCCUGCAUCAAAUGAUGAAGCAGCUGCAGCCUUGUUGUAUAUACUUGAACUUAAAGCAGAAUUACUUACUCCUUCCAAACCUCCGGUCAUCCCUACGUGCAUUAUUAACUCCAUGAAAGAAUCUGACAGGAUUGCUUGUCAGGAGGAGAAAUCUAUUUUGCAGAAUGGUUUUAAAGCAACAGAGAAUGAUGCAACAAAAACGAAUUUUGUGUUGGCAAGCAAAUCAACUAUGGCAUCUCCCAAUCUAAAGAUGCAAAAGUUAUAUAGAAAAUAUUUGAGAGCUGAGAGCUUUAGGAAAGCUUUGAUUUAUCAGAAAAAAUACCUUCUGUUACUUCUGGGUGGAUUCCAAGAAUGUGAGCAAGCGACGUUGUCCCUGAUAGCACGCAUGGGCAUUUAUCCUUCUCCUACUGAUCAGAAUAUGUCCAACUCACGGAGCCGUUCUUUUACCAAGUUCAGAUCAGCAGUCAGAGCAGUCACUGCUAUAUCAAGGUUAAAGUUUCUGAUGAAAAAAUGGCACAAAGUAGGGAGGAAAGAGAUGCCGCCUGAAGCCAUUUCGCCUACCAUUGCAAACAAGUCAUAUCCCGGAGCUAGAGCAGAGAUACUAAAGCAGCAAAAGCCAUUCCCAGGUUAUGUUACUCAAGAAGCUGGAUACUACAAUAGAAGCAACAACGUGAGACUUGUGAACUACUCACCUAAAUCACCACAUCACUUGCAUAAUAGGUUUAGCUCUGCUUCGCAAGCUUCAUCUAAAGAUCCUGAACAUUCAUUAACUGAAUAUAUUGCUCAUUUGGAGGCUAUUCAGCAGAGAUUAGGAAUUCUUAUGCCAGGACAAUCUCGGCUAUAAGAAAAAUCUUAAAUGUAGUGAGAACACAUCUUGGAUUUGAACCACAGAACCCUCUCGGCACUGCUUUGUUCUCCAGCGAAUGUCUUGCACAAACCAGCACGUCCAGGAUUUUAACAUGAUGUUUAGUUGAAUAAAAAGGUCUGUGUCUGUGGUAGUUUUUAUGUUGAAUAUUUAUACAGAAUAUUUCUGAAUUUUAGUGUGGUUAUAGUUUUGAUAUUCCGUAUGAAAAUAAUGCUUCACAGUUUUUAUUUAGAAUUACAAGGAAGGUUACAGCAAAAACAAAAUCUGCAUCACUGUAUUAUUAAUGCUAAAUGCCGGUGUGUUUGCUUCUUUUUAUUAAAAUUAUUUAAUUGGAUUUCACAAACAGUUAUUAAAAGCAUAUUUGACCUAUUGAA